CUCAAGAUGUCUGAAAAAGUACAGCAGCCCGAUAAAAAUGGACCUCUCUUUGUGGACUUGAAUGACAACAGCAAGCCAGCUGAGAUUGAGAGCAUGUGCAUGAGAUGCCACGAGAAUGGUACUACACGUAUGCUUUUCACCAAGAUUCCUCACUUCAAGGAAAUCAUUAUUAUGGCUUUCGAGUGUCCUCACUGUGGAUUCCGUAACAACGAACUCCAGAGCGCUGGAUCGUUCAGUGAAAAGGGCCACACUGUUACUCUCAAAGUUAAUGGCAAGGGAGAUUUGGACCGCCAAUUGGUAAAGUCUGACUAUGCUUCUGUCAAAUUCGAAGAGCUUGAUCUCGAGAUCCCCGCAAAUAACCGCCGCGGACUUUUGACCACCGUUGAAGGAUUGUUGGGUAAUGCCAUUGAUGACUUGGCUCAGGGUCAGGCCGUUCGCAAGCACACCAACGAGGAGCUUUACAACCAGAUUGAAGCUAUUGUUAAAAAGCUUGAAGGCUACAAAGAUGGCCAGGAACCAUUUACACUCAUUAUUGAUGAUCCUUCUGGUAACUCUUACAUCGAGAACAAAUGCUUGCCUGCUCAGGAUCCUCAAUUAAAGGUCAAGACCUACACUCGUUCGGCUGAGCAGACCGAGUUUUUGGGACUCCAGCCUGAACAGCCUACCAACCCUGCUGCUGCUGCCGCUGCUGCUGCCGAAGAAGAGGAUGAAGAGGUUCCCGAGGUUAUGACUUUCCCUUCCAACUGUUCCCACUGCAACAUGCCUAGUGAGACCAACAUGCACAUGAUUGACAUCCCUCACUUUAAGGAAGUUGUUAUUAUGGCCACUAACUGCGAGCACUGUGGAUACAAGAGUAACGAGGUCAAGGCUGGUGGUGCUAUUGCUGCCAAGGGUACCAAGAUUACUCUCAACAUCACCGAGACUGAGGAUCUUUCAAGAGAUAUUCUCAAGUCUGAAACCUGUGGUCUCUCUAUUCCCGAGAUUAACCUCGAAUUGACUCCUGGUACCUUGGGUGGUCGUUUCACUACUGUCGAGGGUUUGUUGAGACAGGUUUACGAGGAACUUCGUGACCGCGCUUCCUUCUUGAGAGGUGACUCUACUACUGGUGAAAGCAAGGAAAGAUGGACCAAAUUCUUGGACAGUCUUCAAGAAGUUGCUGACGGCAAGCGUAUGCCUGUUACAUUGAUUGUCGAUGAUCCUCUUUCCAACUCAUAUCUCCAAAACCUCUAUGCUCCUGACCCGGAUCCGGAGAUGAAGAUUGAGACUUAUGAGCGUGAUUGGGAAGUUAACGAGUCUUUGGGUUUGAACGACAUGAAGACCGAGAACUAUGCAGAAACCACUGCUGAAGAAAAGUAAAGAUAGCGAGCGAUAAGAAUAUCCAAAGAAACACAUACAUACAUAUAUAUAUACAUAAAUACACACACGAGCAAUUACUGUAUCAAUAGAGUUUUUGUAUUUCUUGGUAUUGUAUUAUUAUUAUGAUUAUUAUUAUUUUAAGAAGAAAUAUUUUAACAACCAAUUGGCUAUACCGUCAAUAAUAAUAAUAGUGAUAAAUAAAUAAAUAAAAGAAUCUGUACAAAAUUCAGCAGG